AAGGCAGCUCGCGCUCAAGUCAACAGCACCUCCUUGAAACGAACAGCUAUCGAAGCAGAACGGUCACGGCAGGUCAUCAAAGGCAGCGGCAAACGGGCUCAUGUCGACCCAGGCAUCGGAACGAAGGAUGUGACGGCCUACUGCGCUGCUGAGACCUACAACAUCCACGUGGUGAGACAUAUCUUGAAGCAGGAAGGCUACUUGCCGGAUCCAUUCAACACGGAUCUGUACCCGCAAGUGUUGCACGUGCAGACGCCGAAUUACGUGGUCAAAGACACAGAGACCGGCGAGAACAAGGAGCAGGGCGCGGGCGAUGUCUUCGUCUUCCCCUCCGGCACCGUAGUGACCUGGAACGUUUCGGAAUCUCUGGCACACAGGAUCGUUGAACGGUUGCUUCCAAAGGCCGCUGAGAACAGUCACCUUGACAAGUUAGAGGUUGAAGACCUUGAGUAUGUGGAAGAUACCUCCCGUGAGAACAGCAAAAUCAUUGGAGAUACGAUCAUACUCGGGACCAAGGCGUCUUCCGAGGCUUCAGACGCUGAAGCGAGCGCAUCUGGGGAAGACCAGCGCCGCGAAGUCGACGCGGUGCUGGCCAAGAUUGCCUUCUCUUCGGCGCUCGCGCGAAGUACCAAGUUGGCUGUGCUUGAGAAUCUGCUCAGCAAUUACUUCAAUACGACACGGAGCAUUGCCACCACGCUGUCAGCUGGUAGCCGUCUCCGGUUCAGCCGAGCCUUCAUAUUGCGCAAGACUGGGGAACUUCUCAGCCUACGCGCACAGCUGAACCUAUACAGCGAGCUUACAGACAGUCUACCAGACCUUUUCUGGGACUCACCGCACGAGCUUGGUCUGGAAUCUUACUAUGAGCAGGUGGGCCGGGCGCUGGAUGUGGGUAGUAGGAUCAAGCUGCUGAAUGAGCGGAUGGACUAUGCUUCGGAGAUUGCGGCCGUGCUUCGCGAGCGGUUGUCAGAGAAGCACAGUACGGAGCUGGAGUGGCUCAUCAUCUUCCUCAUCAGCAUCGAGGUCGUGUUUGAGGUGUGGCGGCUUUGGCGUGAGCGGGUGGAAAGUAAUGACCCGGAGAGCACGGAAGCUUUGCUGCAAGACUUCUUACGAAGGGAGCUGGAG